UCAGUAAGACAGACAAGGAAGAGAGGACAGACGGAGGAGACAGGAGAGAAUGAGGGAGACCGAGUGAUGGCAUUUUAGUAGAAUCCACCUGCCCCUUAAUAGGAGCAAACUGUUCUGGCGUCUAAAGACUGCGACGCAACAGAGCUCUGACAAUGGUGAAGAUGAAGAUGAUGGUGGUGGUGGUGGUUAUGAUCAACACAUUGGCCAAAAUCUGCCCUGGAGGCGCAACCACCUUCUCUCCGUCCUGGUACACGGCCAACUCCACCAAUUGGACCUCUGCCCCCACAGAUUCGCAUACCCCAACCGCUUACGUGGCCCCUGCCAACAGCAGCAACAGCUGUAUAUCGCUGCUGCCGCUGGGCCUGGGUCUGGGCCUUGGAUUGGGGCUGCCACUGCUGGCUGUGAGCUCCGUGCUCUGCUAUCUUCUCCUGCGUGGCCGGUGUGCACGCAUAACCUCCAAGCCCCCUCCUGAGGAGGAAGGACAAGAGGCGACCCACGAAAAAGUCAGAUACGUCGCAAGGACACAGAGCAGCGGUUCCCAGGUUUCGCCAACGAGUGACUACAUGGACCCAUCAGACGAGGACUAUGCGAACCCAGAUCAGCCGCAGGUGAAUGAGGAUGACGAUAACUACGACGACAUCCUCCCGUACAGACCGGGCAGUGCCACCGUCCUCCCAAAUCGUGGAGUUCAGGGCUUGAAGCCUGAAACCUCAUCCUCCCCCCAGGACUUCCAACCAGUAGCAGCCCCCCGAGUCAAGCGACACGACCACAACACAGGAUUACAGCAGCAGCCGCAGCUGCCGCCACGUCCACCCAAACCUGAGGCUGAUCAACCUCUGGGAUCCGUGGCCUCAAAGUCCCAGCCUCCUCCGCCGGCGAGAGCUCCAGGCCACGGGCUUCGACAGGUCCCAGAUUCGGCUUCCAAACCUCUGCGAUCGGGAGCGCUGCCACUCCGACUUCCACCGCAACAAGGGGGUCUUCCAGGAUUGAGGGCUCCAUCUCCUGCAGCUCAAGGUUACAGACCCCCAGCUUCUCAUCUUCCACCGUUGCGAGGUCCAGGCACAGAAGUUGCAGGCUUCGGAGGUCCAUCUCGCGAGGGCCAAGGCCCUGGAUCUACGGGUUGCAAUAUCCAGAAUCAAGGCCCCUCGGCCGAUGGGCCCAGGCGUCCGAAGAGCGCACUAUUUCCUCCACAACCCCACGGGGGUCGCAACAAGGGCGUUCAAGAGAUGGACUCCGUUUAUGAAAUUUCCCCACCCUGAGAAUGGCACUUACCCCCCCCCCCUCGCAGCCUGUGUGGGCUACCUGGGGGGGGGUUACCUUUUAUACGCGUGCAUACGUCCGUUGGAACACAGCAAGUUGCUAGCGGGCCUUCAACAAUUCACGUGGCCUUAAAGGGCACAUAGCAUGACACAAGUGCCGUGGUGACAUCACCGCCACCUAGUGGCGAAUGGCAGUUGUUGUUGCUGUUGUGUACGUGCGAGCGAUAGUGUAGCGGAUUAGCGCUACAGUGCUACGAACCCAGCGAACCAAGUUCGAUUCCUGCUCACGGCCACCAACACCAGUGAUAGCGAUUAUCUGAACUGAUCAUGGGCCUCCACCUAAGUCAACUCAGUCUCAAAUGAGUACUGGGUGUGGUGUGUAAACAUUCACCACUGAGGAGACAAAGGCGGCCGGGCAUAGUGUUGGCGACCAACCCCUCGUGUGCCGUGUCGGCCUUCAUAGUUGCUCGCUAACAGAACUUGCGCCAACAGUCUAUUAGGGGGGUCUUUGUCUUUAUAUUUGUGUACGUGUGAUGAGAGCAAGGAAUUGUAAUGGUUGAGUUCCUGAUGCUAUACACCCUGAUCCCCUAAGUCCAACCCUGACCCCCUAAAACUCUCAAGAGACCCAGACUCACAUAGAGACCCACAGAGUCGCAGAUAUACCCAGAGACCCAGACUCAGAGACCGAUAUAAUCAGAGACCUACAUACUCGCAGAUACCCAUAGACUCACUUAGAAACCCAUAUAAUCAGACCUACAGACUCUCAGACUCAGAGACACAUAUGCUCUCAGAGACAUAUAUACUCCAAGAGAGACCUACAGAAUCAAGACACCUAUAGACUCGUAUAGAGACCCAGAGACUCACAGAGACCCAUAGACGCUCAUAGAGACCCACAGACUCACAUAGAGACUCUUUGAGUACUCGGUGGCUGAGUGACGACAUUGGAGGUAAACAACACAGUGGAGCAGCGUUCAGGGUGGAGUUUUUUUUAUUGGAUCGCGAUUUUUGCUGAUUGUACAAAAAUAAACACUGCUGGCAGAACAAGACGUCACUCAUACACUCCGCGCGGUAGUAAUUGUGGUGGUGGUGGUGACGAUGCUUACGGUAAUGGUUUUGGUACAGCAGUAAAUGCACCGCACUACGAACCCGGCAGAGACCCGGGUUCGAAGCCCACUCACGGCCACCAACACCAGUGAUCGCGAUUAUCUGAAACGGCUCUGGGCCUCCCCUAAGCCGACUCGGCCUCAAAAUGAGUGCCUGGUCCAGUGUGAAAACAUCGGCACUAGGGAGACAUAGGCGGCCGGGCGUGGUGCUGGCCACUCACCCCCUCGUGUGCACAGUGCCAGCCUUCAUAGGCGCUCGCAUACAGUGUUUUCCAGGCUACACGGGGUUCUUUCGUCGCGUUGGUAGUAUUUGUGAUGGAAAGGAUGGUGGCUCCAUCGAGAAUCUGCCAAAAAAAACUGCCAACACCCCUCCACCUCUCCACCCACCCAUUCCCUCACC